GUUCAGCGGCUGGGUAGCACGUGUAGUUCAGUUUGUUAGUUACAGCGGUCGCUCGCACCGGAAGAGUUGUCAGGUCGUGUUUCGUUUUAUUCGGGAGUUAUCACCUACUUUUUUUUACCGAAGCAAAUUGCGUGUGUGUUGAUUCACUUUUACCUGUUUAACGGUUAAAAAUAUUGUAAAUCUCGAGCAUUAAUAUUGUUGCAGAAUCGAUUUGAACUUUUUAAAGUCAUUUCUGAACUAACGAAGAAAUCGAAUUUGACUUGUUUUAUUGAAAUGGAGACCACCGAUAUUGAUUUAGAAGACAAACACACAUAUUAUCCACCUGUUCCAAAAUUAGAAGAUCUGGCUGGCCUCUCAGUAGCUUUACAUUUGUGGAAUUAUUAUUAUUCUCACUAUCACGACACGGAUUCGUGUGAUGAUGAGCUCGAUGAGGUGAAUGAAAUGCUCAAUGAUAUGGAAAUGCCGAACUGCAUUAGAGAAAGAAUUAUUGAGCUUUGUGAAACCAUUGACCGCCAAGUAGACAUCAAUUAUCACUAUGACCGUAAGGAUAUUAUGAAGAUGUGCAAUUCUCUUGGAUAUAAAAAACAUUUUUUUCUUAACGGAGCUGUUUGGGACACCAACGGGCAUAUCAACGACAAAAAAACUGCGGAGAAAGUUUUGAAUUGUCCUGAACGAUCGAAUGAUCACGAUCUAAUGUUUCAGAUCAUGGUCAAAUACUGCUUGGAAAAUUAUAUAAAGGAUUUUCCAUUAUCUUCGUUGAGUGAAAAAUUUUGUAAAGAAAAUCGGUUUUCCUGGAAUCGUGACUUAACAGCGUAUUGGAUUGCGUUAAAACUUGAUGAAAGAAAGGUUUCAGGUGCUUAUGGCACUGAUUCUCAAAACCUGCACCAUCGCCAACGCCUACUCGAAAGUCUGCAUCGUCAAAGCCGUAUACCUGGUCCUCAACCUAUGCAUGUUUUCGAAUACUUCUGGUAUUUCUGGGAUGAAAAUGAACAAGUGACUAUUACAAGAAAUUUGAUUCAAUAUGAAGUAAGAAGUCACAGAAUGUUGUUUCUAUUCUCAAAACUAAAUAAACAUCAGCUUAGGAGAUUAUACUCGGAAGAGCCUGCUGUUAUUAUCGCAAACUUUUUUUAUUCAGAAGAUUUCGAGCUGGUAAAUGCAGCAUGGGCACAUGUCCGGUCAACAAUCAAAGAAGAGCAAUUCGAAUGUUUGAUUAAUAAGAUCUUGAAAUCAGAAAUGUAUCAAGAAGACAACAACAUACUAUAUUUGAUCGAUAUGUGGAACGACGCACCCGAUAACUUGAUCGAUUAUGUCAUAAAUGUGAAAAAUUGUGAAAUUACAUCCGCAUUCAAAUCUCAUUAUAUAAAAUCAUCUGGUUUCAAAUUUUUAAAAGUCAUUCUACUUCAAACGACGCUUGAAUUCAGAAAGCAAUUCUUUUUGAAUAUGAGACUACAUUUGAUAUUGAAUUAUUCCUGUGGUGUGUUCGGUUCAUUGAUCGAAGAUUGUUUAGAUGCGACUGAUCAGAUAGAAAUCAAGGAGAUGGUGCUAAUCAAAGCGAUAGAAUCAGAAAAUAAUGAAAUUCUACGUCGUUUUCGUGAUUUAUUAUACUCUAGUGUAGAUGAAUUUAAUGAAUUUUUGGCAUUUUUCACUUCAGAACCAAAUUUACAGAUGCGAGUAAAAAAGCGUUUGCUGAGAUCUGGAGUACUAAUCAUCGGAAAACUGAACAGAGUUGACAAUUGGGCAAAAAUAUGCCAAUUUAUAGACGAAUUGUAUUCCAAGGAUGAAAAAGAAGCUCGUCGACAAAAAAAGAAAGCGGUGAAUUCAUUUUUGGAUUUUCACUUCCAUUAUGGGCGUUGCUUUGGACGAAACGGCGAUGAAAAGUUUACUGAAAUCGAAAAUUUCAUGACUCAAUUUCUUACUGCUGAAGAAAUUGCAACUGCCAAAGAAGACAUAAUCGACUACUUUCAAUCAGUUUUUUCCUGCGAUACGAGUAUAUGGUAUCGUCCUGAAUUAUUUUCAAAAAGAGUGAACAUUCCGAAACUUACUGCUUGGUGUUAUGAUGGCGAUGAGGAAAGAAUUUCGCAAUUCAAAAAUUCAUUUCCAAUUGAUAAAGCAUUUCGACAUUUUUUGCGUGAAGCUGUAGAACGAUACGUUAAUGGAAGAGACGCCGAUGUAUCAUUUUUUCCAUUAGAACAGCUUUUGUGUUGGAAAUUCUCAUCAAAAAAAAAAGUUACAAAAUUCAAAAGGAGGCAAAUACACGGUGUUAUGAGAAGUCAAUAUUUAGUGAUCUGGUGCUCUUCAUGUGGAGAAGAAAUCUAUCCAUAUGUACUGGAGAAAAUUAUUGCGUGGAUUUUUGAUGACAAUGAAUUCAAAGUUGAAGAAUUUGAACAACUUUACGAGAAAGAAGGUACAAUGAAAAUUAUUCGUUGGUUAAAUCCGAGUAAAGAUUGUUCUUCAUGUAAUGAGUAUACUUAUCAUAGCAGCGAUGAAUCCGACUAAUAUUUUAUUAGGUAAUUUAUCGGUUUCGUGAUAAGAAUGUGAUUCAUUUUAGUUUAUUCUAAUUUAAAUUUUUUUCCCAUUUGUCUCUUCCAUCCUAUUCACUUACGUAUAGGUAUUUUGUUGUAUCAAUAUUAUUAAUGUUAAGUAGGUACCAAUUAAAUUUUCAUUUCUUGCAAUGUUUUUUUUUCUUCAGAGGCUUUUGAAUGAUUUUUUUUAUUCAAUUGAGUGAAAUGUAAGUGCCUUGGACUACAAAAAAGGCCCUUGGGUACGUGUCAAAAAAUUGUUUUUCACUUUAUUAUUGCGAUUCUGGUUUAAAACUAUAAAAGCAGGUGGGGAGCAAGAGUAUGAACUUGAUGUUUGAUACACUCUGGAAGGGAAGCAAGUAUGAGUUAGAAGGUGGAAACAACAAAAUAAAAAUUCUUGGUACAUUUUUGGUCCUCUUUACUUGCAUUAAUAAUUUUUAAACCUCGGUAGAACGCAAACUGUUCAUUCAAUUUCUAAAAAAUGUUCACUAAAUCGUAGUCUCUUCAACUUUUUUUUUAUCCCUCUAUAUUUGUCCGACACUGUUCCGGUAUUUUAGAAAAAUUACUACAUUUCCAAGUAGGCAGAUAUGUGCUGAAAAAUUUUUAAAAGAAAUUCAUCAUUUUUUGGAAGGAUAUUCAUACUCAUAGUCAACUUUAAAUCAAAAUUGAGGGGGGGGUAAAAACCCUAAUUUAGACAAUUUCUAAUAAGUGUCGUUUUUUUCUUACGUUUAGGGCACUUUGUGUAGUCCAAGGCACAUCUGAGUACCUACACAUUUACCUAUGUUUUUUAUUUUCUUAGCCAUUUGCUCUCUUCAUUAUUCUAUAGUUUACGAGUACACUGAUAAUUAUUUUUUCAUCUGUGUUCAUGUUUGAAGAAUGUUCAAAAUGUUUCCAUAUUUUUAA